CAUAGUACUGGAGCUGGUCUCCAACACUGACUGGGAUUUGCUUUUGGCUUGGAAAGACCCUGCAGGCCGGGGGUGCAGUGGCCUUCGUGUGGGAUUUCUACCUGCUGAGCUCAUAUUUUUUAUAAUUCAUCAUCCUCCUUACCUGCUGCUGGCAGCGCAGGUUUUAACCAGGGCAGGACUUCCCGAAAGAAAUUUAAACCAGAGGAACCGGAUUCACUCUGUGGGCUCGGAGGGUAUCCCACUGACCAACUGUGAGGCCAUGUACCAGGCAGCUGUCUCCAAGCGAGCAGAGAACACCAUCCCCAGCGGGGUCAUGGAAGAGUCGGACGUCUGUUCCCUGCCUGGGGGACUUGCAAGUGUGAGGAAACAAUUUGAGACCCAGGAAACUGCAACCUCACACAAUGUAACCCAGUUUCAUUUCCAUCACAGAACUGUGCAGGAAACAUCAAACUCAGAGGUGACAGUGUCAAGCAGCAGCAGGCAGGUCGUCCCAGGCAGUCAACAGCUAAAUUUCAACCAAGAAAUGAUGGUCUCAUACAGCAACAAUAACUUGGAAUCAAGUUAUGAAAACCAUCAAAAUGAAACAGAUGAGGAGUUUCCCAGGUAUACUACAAAAGAACUGAGGGAUCGCUUUGAAAGAACAAUAGAAGAGGCUGCUCCACAAAAGCCAAUGAAGAUUGAACGUGACAUCAAUCGCUCUAAGUGGUCCUCAAAUGUGACAAAAAACAACACAGUAACUAGUGAGGCAUAUGCAUCUGCAUCUGCUACUGAGGCAACAGAAGACACACUGGCUGAAGUGAUGGAUUAUGAGGACUUUCCGCCCCCACCAGCUGAGGAUUCUGACUAUCUUCCACCCCCACCGCCAGACUUACUACAAAUGCCAUCUGACAGUCAAAAUAUUCCAGCAUGCCAUUACUCACCUGAGCCUCCAGAACCAGCAAACACCUCCAAAUGCCCACUCAACAAAGAAGCUUACUUCAAGCAGAGGAGUAUGUAUGAGCUGAAACGUCUUUACAAGCACAUUCAUCCUGAGGUUCGUAAGAAUAUUGAGAAGGAGUACUACAGUGAUUACAAUGAAACUGAGAACAACCAGUUAGAGAGCCAAGAAUACACAUAUGAGGAAGAUGGUGGCAGCCCUGAUGAUAUCAACGAUGAAGAGUAUGUUGAAUGGGAAGAGAUUCUUCCCGGGGAGGUGCAGGCGAUGCGUUGGAUGUUUGAGAACAAGCCUCUGGACAGCAUCAAAGAUGAACCUGUUGAUGAGGACGACGAAAACAACAAAAUAACCCAACAGGAAAUCAUUCUUGGAAAAGAUGUGAGACGUACAGCUUGGAUGUUUGAGACCAAGCCAAUGGAUGAGCUGAACACACACAAAAUCAGCUCCACAGAAUACAAAAACAAAUUCAACAAAUUUGAUAAAGGAGAUGUCAGAGCUGCAGCUUGGCUCUUUGAAACCCAGACAAUGGACACACUAAAUAAAAUGCAUAAGGAGGAGGAUUUAACCAAAGAGAUUGUGUUCACAGAGGAGGAUGGAAAUGCUACUAUUUACAUGAUUGACAAUAAGUACAUGGAAAGCCUUGGGCACACUGAGACCAUUGACGAGAGCCACCUGCUGAGUCUAAGGUCAGUGUUAGAGGAAAUUAAUGGUGAAAUGAAAACUGUUACAACCACUUUUGACACUCAGUUUAAAUGCAUCAUUAUGGGUCAAUCAAGCCAAAUGCUGGAGAUUAAGUCUGUGCGUAAAAUUGAAACUGAAUUGGAGAACUCCAUUGCGUCACGUUGGCUUUUUGACACCCAACCGCUGGACAUGACAAACAGAGAACAUACAUCUUUGAAACUUGUCUGUAGUCUUUCCAUGGAGGACAGCAAUAAAGGAGACUGGGGCAGGUGGUUGUUUGAGAUAAAGACAUUAAAUUCUCUCAAUGAAUGGGAAAGCUCAAAAACGGAGACUCAGGAGGUCAGUGGAGCCGAUGUGCGCAAGCACUGCUUGGUGUUUGAAACCCAGCCAAUGGAUUCUCUGAAGGAUGACUCCAAUGCAAGACCCCAGUCCAUUGAACAAAUUAUCGGAGGCAAUGUUAGAUCUGCGAGACACUUUUUUGAAAGCAGCCCUCAAGCAGCGAGGAAGGCUCUCCCCGAGGUCGGGAAACUUCAAAAGGCAACAGUGAAUGAAGAAAUUAAAGGAGAUGUUAGACAUCAAAAGUGGCGCUUUGAGAGUCAAGCUCUUGAGCACAUAGGAGAGGAAAAGAAAAAGGUUACACGAACUGUGAAUGUUGAGGACGACCUCACACAGGAGGAUGGCACAAGCUGCAGGGCAGAUGUUCGUAAGAACUGCUGGGUAUUUGAGACUCAGCCAAUGGAUACUUUAAAAGAUGAUUCAAAUACUCUGCCCGUGACAAAGGAGGAAAUUAUUGCAGGUAACGUGAGAUCAGCCAGAAAUUAUUUUGAAACUAUUCCAACUGAGGAGCUAAAAGAACUUGCCGAGGUUGGCAAACUGAAAAAAACAGUAGCACUUAAUGAGGAGAGGGGUGAUGUAAGACAUCAGAAAUGGCGAUUUGAAAGCCAGCCACUCGAGCAAAUCAGAGAGGAAAAGAAGGACGUCGUCAGGACGAUUGACCUUGAAGAAAUUGACAGAGUGGAUGUCUCGAAUUACAAGCAAAUCUUUGAGAGCACAGAUUUAAACUGGAGAGAUGAAUCCCAAAAGAUUCUCAUAGAGGGUGUGACAUCCGGCUCUGUGAGAUCAAAUAAAAACCUGUUUGAGUCCACUCCACUGUAUGCCAUGCAAGACAGCUCGGGUCACUUCCAUGAGGUGAAAACAGUGCGCCGUGAAGAGGUCGUGAAAGGAGAUGUAACAACUUGCAAGUGGAUGUUUGAAACGCGACCAAUAGACCAGUUUGAUGAAAGCAUUGAUAAAUACCAAAUUAUCAAGGGCAUAUCCAAACAAGAAAUAGAGUCUGGUGAUGUUAAAACUGCAAAGUGGUUAUUUGAAACACAGCCUCUUGAUGGCAUUAAGUACUUCAGCAAUAUUGAAGAUGAAGAAGUGAUGGAGACAAGUAAAAACGUUGAGGUCGUGAAGGGUGACGUGAAAACCUGCAAGUGGCUAUUUGAGACAAAACCAAUGGACGUCCUGUAUGAAAGAGUAGAGAUCAAGGGUGAAAAUGAAUCUGAAGAAAUGCAAAAAGGUGACGUCAAAACUUGUACAUGGCUUUUUGAAACGCAAGCACUUGAUACUAUCCACGAUGAGACAGGGACCGUUCUGAAAGCAUGCACGGUGAAUCAAGAGGACAUUAGAGGAAAAGAUGUGAGAACAGCUUGUUUUCUUUUUGAGACAGAGAAUAUGGAGAACCUCACUGGAGAGGAGACGGGCUCUUUUAAACGUGUCACCGAGAUAGACAUUGCGUCUGGAGAUGUGUCAGGAAUGAAGUACGUUUUUGAAAACCAAACAUGCGACAUCAUGACUUCAACGUGCGAGGAAGAAAUGCAAAAGCUCAGGAGAAUUCAGGCCGAGGAUAUACAAAAAGGAAACGUGGUGAACUGCAAAUGGCUCUUUGAAAACCAAUCGAUAGACACAAUUCGUGAUAGCCAAGAGGAAUCUGUGAGCAGCCGCACGGUGAUUGAUGUACAAGGAGGAGAUGUAGAUAAGGGCCGUCUCAUUUUUGAGACCUGCUCCUUAGAUCAAAUUCAAGAAGCAUCUUCUGAAGACACAGAGUUGCUGAAAAGGCAAAAAAUUGUCCGCGAUGAAGAUGAGAAAGGCGAUGUGAGAAAUUACACCAUGAUGUUUGAAAAUCAGCCCCUUUAUGCCAUUCAGGACAAAGAGGGCCUUUACCACGAAGUCACCACCGUCACAAGUGAAGAAGUAACACGUGGAGAUGUCGUUGGAACACGGUGGCUGUUUGAAACCAAGCCCAUCGAUGCUAUCAAGGACACGGAUGAGGUUUAUAUAAUUAAAUCUGUCACCCAACAGGAUGUGCAAAAAGGAGACGUCACCUCAGCCAGGUGGAAAUUUGAGACGCAACCUCUCGACAGGAUUGCUGAAGAAAAGAAGGCUUUAAUAAAAACUGUGGAUGAUAUUCAAGGAGGCAACGUCAGGAUGAACAAAGAUCGUUUUGAGUGUGAUGCCCUGUCGCAGGAUUCUGUUAAAACGGUUAAUGUGAGCGAAAUACAAAAGGGCGAUGUCAGGACUGCGAAGUGGAGGUUUGAAACCCAGUCCAUUGACAAAAUAAGAAGCAUGAGCUCUGAAAAUCUGAUUGAAACAGUCAAAAAGGAGGAGGUUGCAAAGGGAGAUGUUAAACAUUCAGUCUGGCUCUUUGAGGAAAAUCCUCUUGACCACAUUAAAGAGGUAGAUGAGGAUGAAGAAAAUCGAGCCAUCACUAAAGAGGAGAUUUCCAAAGCAGAUGUAAAGACAACAACGUGGCUCUUUGAGACGACACCAUUUGACAACUUUAAUGAGACAAAAAUGGAGAAGACUGAAAUCAUGGGAAAGAGCAUCAAAGGAACUCUUGAGGAACUUUAUAGCCAGAAAAUGGUGAUGUCGAAAGGAGUGCUCAUUGAAGCUGAUGAAAUAGGCGACGUUAGGAUGGCUAAAUACCAGCUAAUGAAUAAGGACGCUCCGGAGAUUCAACGAGAGGAAGUCAUCAGGGGAGAUCUGCAGACUAUUAUGAUGAACCUACUGAACAGACAGGAAAGAAAGGAGCGGCAGGUAGUCAUAGAUUCGGAAGAGAAGGGUAAUAUCAGUUCAACGGUGCAGCAACUAUUCAAUCAAGAGAGAGACAGCAGUAUUGAAAGAGAGGAAAUAUUACGAGGUGACAUUCAGGAAGCUAUAAACAACCUCUUUAAUGCGGAUGGGUCGGCAAAACAUGGAAUACUCAUCCAGGAGGAUGAGAAAGGAGACGUGCAGAUGACAAUAUAUUCCCUCCUCAAUAAACAAGAUAAUGUUAAUGUUGAUAAAGAGGACAUUGUAAGAGGAGAUAUACAAGGUGCUCUACAAAGACUAUCCGACUCCGAUAAGUCAGAUCAGACAGUGAAGAUAAAAGUAGAUGCCACUGAAAAAGGAAAUGUCAACUUUUACUCCACAUGCAUCGAAUCUGGGUCUCUCGAUUAUCUUAAACAGCUCCAUUUAGAACCUGAUGAGACUUCACAAGACACAGCAGAGAAAGAGAAGAUUGUCGGAGGCGACAUCAAGGGCACAAAACUCAGCCUUUGUCGUAAUCAAAUGCAAAUUGAGCGCACAGUGGAGGAUGUUAUACCCGGUGAUGUUCACAACGCGGUGAAGGUUUUCAUGUCAGAGCCAACAGUGUCAUUGGAAAGAGUCCAAAAGGAGGAGAUAGUCAAAGGUGAUUUAAGAGCUACUUUGAAUUUGUUGUCUGAAUCAGCGAAUCAGACAGUUGUUGUCGAGAAAGAGGAGGUGGUGAAAGGUAACAUACCGAAAGCCCUGCGGUGCCUGGAGAGGGCUCAAACGCGGUACAAGGAGGUGGAGAAGCCAGAUAUCAUACCGGGAAAUAUCAAAGGAGCUCUAAGAUCCCUUGAGAAGUCAGCAACAUCCAGAGCUGAAACUGUUGUCGAGGAUUUAGUCUCUGGAGAUGUGAAGGCCACACUGAAAUCUCUGGAGCUGGCAAAGCAAACAGUGAGGGAAGUAGAAAAAGAAGAAAUUGUGAGGGGUGAUAUUCGCAUAGCAAUGCAAAGUCUGCAAGACGCCUCCAGUGAGAGGAUAAAGUGUCAGCAGGGAACAGAUGUUCAGGGAGACGUCAGAGGAACAAUUCAGCUCUUAAUGGAGACCCCACCUUCACCGAAGAUGCAGAGAAGCUCCAGCCUUGAGGGUGAUGUAAAGGGUGAUGUGAAGAUGUCAAUUAAGUCAUUAUAUGAGACUCAGGAACAAACCCAGCUGGAGAAAGAAGAAGUGAUAAAGGGUGAUGUUAAAGGCACUAUUAAAUCUUUGUUGGAAACAGCAAAGCGUGAAACUCCCAAAGUCAAACUUGGAGCCUACAGGAGAGUUAAAGUCAAGCAGAGCCCUCCAGUUAAAAACCUUUCUGCUGAUUCACAGAGAAACAUACAGAAAAUAAAGACAGCUAAUUUGGUUGAAACACAAAAGGAAAAUCAGUCCGUCUCUAAUGAAACCAAAAUAGUCACGACAAAGUCAAGUUCAGUGGAGCAGUCGACUCAGCAAUCAACAACUGUGGUGGAGCAUAAAACGAUAACCCAAAACCACGGCAUCAAAACACUGAAGACAGAGUUUCGUAAUCUAAAGUCAAAUCCGAAGGGAAUGAUAAAAGUAAAUAAAACCAAAGUAGAAACUAAUGUUUACGCCAUAAAACCACAAGCGCCAGAGCCCGAUCUGCCUCUUCCACCUCCACCUCCACCAGUGGCAGACGCUGACCUUCCUCCUCCUCCACCUCCUCCUCCUCCCUCUGUUGAUUCUGACAUCGAUCACCUUCCUCCUCCACCUCCACCGCUCACCAGUGAGCAGGACUUCCUCCCACCUCCUCCCUCUCAACAGGAACUGGAGAGCAUGCCAGCACAGGCAGUUCAUCCUUCACCAGUGAAAGCAAAAAAGAUGACGGUUAAAAAAGUGAAAGGUCCGGCUUUGCACCCGGUCCCGAAGCUGGAGCCUAAAGUCGAAAUCAAUAAAACACAACACGUGGAGGUUAAAUCAGAGAAAGUGGUAGAAAUGAGCCACAACCAAUCGAAAACAACAAUGCAUUCAUCAAAAACUGUUAAAUGUGAAAUCCCUCCACCACCCGAGUCACCACAGCCACUAAAGAAAGUUUACAUCCCUGUUAAAUUCACGCCUCCACCUUCUCCUCCUCCGUUCAUGAGAGGGCCAAUGAGUAAAUUUAAUACUCCAUUAAUAAAAGCAGAAGAAAAGUACCGGAAGAUAAGGGAGGAAAGCUCCCCCUCAACCACUCCAACACCUACUUUUAUACAUGACUCAGUGACCGCUGCUCUUGAAAUGCUUUCCAACAAAGAAACAGAGCAAUCAAAUAGCAACACAUCAGCUGAAAAGGCAGCAGUGAACGUUUAUUCAGAAACGCGAUCGUGUGAUUUAUCCAAACAACUCGCAGAUUCAACGAUUAUAUCUUCCGCUAAACCGCAAAUUGUCUCUAAUGAGACUACUAACUCCGUGUCCGUUCAAAAGACCUCGUCUGUUAGACAGCAGCAGAUACAUACGACCACACAGAAAACAGUUUCUGUUUCCUCCAAGCAGUCAGUCUGUCAGUCUGUCAUGGCUGAGAAAAUCCAGAGCUCAGUCACUGAAAAAACAGAAAAUAAGACGGCUGAUAGAAAGAAAGAUUCUAAAAAUCUGAAAACAGUUUCCUCCGGCAAAUCUGAAGAUAAAAAGGAAGAUGAAAUGCAUUCUGAUAAAAUUCCUAUUCAAAUAUUAAAACCUGAACCUGCUGUCACCAGUAAGGAGACUGAAAAAACAAGCACAUCACAAUCUGAGAACAAGAAGACAAAGGAUAAUGCAGCACCAGAAUUACCCAGUGACCUUCGUAAUCAGUCUUUAAAAAUAGAAAAUGCCACGUCAGACAAAAAGGAGUCCAGAUCACCACAGCGUGGUAACAAGAAGAAAGCUGAUCAUUCUCCUACCAAAGUUUCUGAUCGGCCAAUGCAAACAGAAAAGACAACAGAAAAUACAAAUGGAAAAUCAGGCCAAGCAAACCAGAAGGUGAAAAAGAACAAUAAGCAAGAAAAGCAAGUAGAGAUAAAGACAACCAGUGAGAGCGUUUCACAAGAUUUCAAGGUGGAGGUGAAGGAAGUUACCGAGGUGAUCAGUGAACCUAAAGAAGUAAAGACAGAGAUAAAGCAGGAGAUUAAGAGUGUUACUCCCUCUGUUGCUGCUGCUGUCUCUACAUCUGUUGUUACUGUUAACAUAACUGACAGCCAACCAGAAACUCCAACUCCAACAAAGAAGAAAAAGAGGUCCAAAAAGUCUAAAGGGGGUGGUCAGACAAGUCAAGGCAAAGAUAUUUCCACAGAAUCAAAGAUAGACAUUGUAAAAGUCAAAACAGAAUCAGCUGAAAAAUUCCCGCUAAUUCAGGAAAUAACUCCAGCUGAAAUCCACAAAAGCGUACAAGAAGAGCGCGUUCAAGUCAAGACAGAAGUCAUUACCACAGAAAGCAAAGACGAUCAGAAUUCCCAGCAACAAAAAGCAGCUCAGAAACAUGUGAAGGGAUCUCAGAAGAAAGGAGUGACAGUCAUGCAGCACAGCUCAGAGGAGCACGCAGAAGAAAGUAGGGAUGUCCCAAUUAUAGUGACAGGCGAGUCAGAACAAAAUGAACUGGUAAAGUCCACCACAGGGAGAACAGAGGUAUCUCAGAGGAAAGAGGAGGUGCACGUAAUAGUCUCACACACCACAGAGGUACAAGAAGUUUCAGAGAAGACCGAAUCUAAAUCUGUAAAUACUCGGCACGAUACGCUUACAGAUUGGCACAGCAGUCAUUGUGGACCGGAGGGAGCUGUGGUAGAAAUGGACACUCAAAUAAACUAUGAUAUGUUUUCGCAUGUGUGUAAACUACCGGAGCCUAUAGUGAUGGAUCUAGACGAUUUUGAGGCAAUGGAGAAGCAUGAAUGUGAGCAAGGUUCUGAAAAAUCUACCUCUGGUCGGGGAACACCAAGAAUAUCAAAGAUCAGUAUUGGUUCUGCCAAAGUAGAGCACCAGACAAAGAAAAAGAGCUCAGAUAAAAGACGGAAAGAAGAAGUGAGUCAAUGCAAGUCUGUUGACCUCCGAGCUCCCUCUCCAUCACUGAGGAUGCGUUCUCCCUCGCCAACAUUCAUCACCAUUGAGUCCAUACGAAGAACUGACUCACCCCAGAGAGUUACUCCGUCACCCACUCUGCUGCACAGGCCGCCCACGCCUCCAACACCGCCGCCACGCAGGUGUGACACCCCAACCUCACGCCUCACUAGAAUCACACCGUCUCCAACUUUUGACAGAGCGGAAAAUUUGGCGCGGCUGAAAGACACGACGGCAAAGCUGUCACGUGGCGUCACCCCACCACCACUACUUCCCCAACAAAUCUCAGAGAAGAAAUCAGAGAUUGUGGAGUCACCUGCAUCAUUCCAUCGGCAAAUUAAAAUCGAGUCCCAGUUUACGGAGGCUUCUGGGACGUUGAUUGCAACAGAUAAACCCAAACAGAGUUUAUCUGGAGAGGCUCAGCAGGUUGAUGUAGAAGUAGAACAAGCUAAUAUUUCAGAGGGUCUGAAUGCAAAUGAAAGUAAGUCUGAGAUCCACAUGCCUUUGUGUCAAAAUGACCCAGAUCUUGAAUCAGACGAAGAAGAGCCGUCAUGUGCGUCUGUCAGAGAAAAGAGAGAGUUUUUCGAAGGAGCUCAAAAGGCUGAAAUUACUAAGACCUAUAUGAGAAAGGAGCCCAUUGCUAUCCCUGAACGACUGGGCCCAGACAUGGAAGAGUGUGAGGCGGAAAGUAAAAGCAAAGAAAAGGAUGAGCUUCCCAGGGCAGACCUGUUUAGUCUUCUAAACAAAUUUGAAUCGCCAGAGGAGAAAUCAUAUUUCAAAAAAGACCUUAUCUCACUCACAGAUUGGCUUCACAACGACGCUGAAAGCACAGAAUGUGACAAAGAGACAUCAGACAUCCUGGAACAGGAAAUACCAACUUUUGACAUUCAGGCUAUUAAAAAUGUUUUUGAACUGAGCGAGCAAAGUUCCUCAUUCAGAGAGGAGAAAAAGGAUCAGGAGGAGCCUGCGUCAAGCCUGAGUGAAACAACAGUCGACACUUCAAAGCAGGAAGGUCCUCAAGAGACAAAGAGAGGCUCACGGAAGAGCACCCCCCUCCCUCCGCAUAAAAAUGAGGUGGAAACUGUGCCAGCAGAAGCACCAGCAGUCUCUGAAAGAAAAUCAAUCACGGAACAUUUCUCAAAUGUUGAUGAAUUUGGUAACAAGGUCACUGGGACAAGGACAUCUGUCACUGAGCACUUUGAGAGUGUGUCAAGCCAACAGGCUCCUUUUUCCUAUGCUGAUGCAGUUAAAAGGAAAGCUGCAGCGGCGAGCCGAACAGAAACCUACGACGAAGACGCCACUGAGAAGUUGCUGAGGAAUUUCCACAAAACGUGGUCAGAGAGUGAGACUGUUUUCAAGAGCCUCGGCUACACUGUUUCUGAAGAAUCCACGUCACAAGUUGUGUCACAUCAGACGAAGACAGUCUCGUCUGGCUCCAGUUCCGAAGUCGGAGCUCUGCACGGUAUGUCGGAGGAGAGCUUAUCCAAUGGAUGCAGUGAUAGUAGACAAAAAAAAGUACCAUAAAUCCUGUUUCUGCUGUGAGCACUGCAGUAAUAAAUUAAGCCUAGGAAAUUACGUCUCUCUCCAUGGACAUUUCUACUGUCCACCCCAUUACAAACAACUCUUCCAGCUCAAAGGGAGCUACGAUAAUGGACUUGGGCAGAAACCUCCUGCAGGAAGUGGUGGACCUAUCCCCUCAGAUGAGAAACUUGAACAUAGAUAUUCCAUGAACAGCCUAAGUUCAGAAAAACCACACGGCAACAAAAUAUCUGUAGUUUGGCCCCCACCGGCCGAUGCCCCAAAGAAAGCCUUUAAAAUAGAGGAAGACAUUCAGCUAACUAAACCACAGUGGCCCCCUCCAGAUAGCUCCCCGACGUUACCCACCAAACACCAACACAGAAAGGCUGUUCCCAGAAGUGUCCUUUGAAAUAAAGUCACCCAACCCCACAGUUUAGUCAAAAAAACAACAACCAAAAAACAAAGAAGAAGCACAAGAGAAUGAAUAGUACAAUGAGAAACUAGAAAGAACUGUUGGCAGAGUAAAGGAAGUGUUUGGAUGAAGGUCUUGCAGUUAAGUGAUUUAAAAGGGAACGUGAGAAGUAAGGAUAUGAAAGGAAACUUGUCGUGUAUAUACUUGUAAAUGGUGUGCAAGUGGAAAAGCAGGUUGUAACUAAUUAACUUUAAGUAAGUAAGUAAGUAGGAACUAGAAAGAUAGAUGUGGAUAAAGUGUGGAAAGUGGAUGUAGACGUGAAGCUGUGUGCUUUGAACUUUUCAUUCUUUGCAUUUUAUUUUUGUUUGUUUUCUGACUAGCAGUCACAGUCUUGACAGUUUCUGUAACCUGGGCUCUGUUUUCCUGUGCUUUUGUUUCCUCAGUUACAACAGUUUGAAAAGGACCCUACAGAGUUUUUGUUAGCAGUAACCAGAUACAGCUGUUAUAUCACAUACUUCAAACUACCAGAAAUUUACACUGCAGAACAAUGAGUCGAUAGUCUGCUGCUGCCUCAGUCUGUUAGUUACACUGCAGCCCAUUUCGUAGCUCUCGUCAGUUUGACACAAAAACAUCUGACAAUUGGGUCCAUGUCCAAAAAUACAGAAGAACAAUUAUUUUUUGCCUUGCAAUUAAAAACAGCAUCAAGACAAAUUUUAAGAUCUGGAUUAAAUAAAGCAGUGAUUACAAAUAAAUCUUCAUGUUACACCCUACAAUUCUCACUACUCUUCAAAAUAUCACUCCAAUUAGUCCCCAUUUCUGUUUAAUCCUGUUUCUUUUAUUCUAAAAUAAAUUGGUUUAUUGUAAAAUUCACUCAAUUUUUUUGCUACUGCAUAACGGUUCAUGGAAAUAGUCUCUCUCCGCUGUUGUAUUAUUUUUUCAGGACAUUUUUUUCUUUCAACAUAUUUUCAACAUUUUUGCUUUUUUUUUUUAAGCACCUGGUGUGCAGACUACUUCAUGAAAGCAUCUUGGAAUUAUUUUAUUUAUAAUAAUGAAAGUAUAUAAUAUAAACAAGUGAAUUGGUGAUAAUCAUGUUUGUUUUGGACAUUUGUAUCCUAUUUUGAACAACAAAUAUUUUUGAAUGAAUGAAUUUAUUUUUUAGAUUAGACGGUUAUACCUUGCUUUGUACAAGAAAAUUCCUGAUUCUGUCAUGCUGUCAGGCUGGUUCACUAACUUUAUUGCUGAUCUAAGGGCAAUAAAAUAUUGAAUUUAA